AUGGCCUCGAGGAGUAAUACUGCCUCACCUGGAGGGUCGUCUAGCUCGGCACUCCUCCUUCGCAAGCAGUUGAAGCAGAUGCAAAAUGACAAGGACAUACCUGGAAUAAGUUGUGGACUUCUUGGAGACAACAUCUUUGAGUGGGAGAUCAUGCUCAUGCUGAGUGACGAGGGGGAUACGAUGUACGGAGGUGGUGUAUUUCGCGCUCGAAUGACUUUCCCACCCGACUACCCACAUCAACCUCCAAAGCUCAAAUUCGAAACGAAGAUCUUCCAUCCCAAUGUCUACGAGAAUGGCGAAGUCUGCAUCUCGAUUCUUCAUCCUCCCGAAGAAGACCAGUAUGGCUACGAGUCAGCAGCAGAGCGAUGGUCACCUGUACAAACUCCCGAAACGAUACUGCUCUCUGUCAUCAGCAUGCUCAGUAGUCCGAACGACGAAAGCCCGGCAAAUAUUGAGGCAGGGAAGCUGUGGAGAGAAAACCAGAAAGAGUUCAAGAAGAGAGUGAGGAAAUGUGUAAGGGAUAGUCAGGAGAAUGCUUGGGACUAA